UUUUGCUUCAUUUUCUUUCUUUGUUAUUUUAUGCAAAUAGAAUAAGAAAUAGAUGUUAUCUGUAAAUUUCGUUGAAAUAUUUUUCAUUUCUGAAAUAUUAAUAAAAACAAGUGAAAGAAUUUAAAAGCAUUAUGGAUAAAAGAAAAUUAAUGUUUAAAACCAGUUUACAUAAGGAUUUGCAACUAGCCAAUCAAUCAUUGAAAAAAACUGCUUCUAUUAUUAAUAGUGAACAAAUAAGUUCUUCAACUAAUAUUACAGUACAAGAUAAGAUUGAUCAUUUACUUGAUGAUAGAAGCUCAACUGUAAAAUCCUCAACAUUGAAACCACUCCAACCAAAUAAUCAAUUGACAGUAAGAAAUAAUCUGUCUAUUGCAAAUAGGAAAAGAAACCUUCAUGAAAUUGAAAAAGAUGAUUCUACUGCUGGCUGUAAAUUAUUGAAUACUAAAACUUCAAAGCAGCUAAAUAGCCAAAUAUCAACCAGCACUGCCUCUAUGAGCCAACAGGAAAAUAUUCAUUUAACAGAAGAUAGGAUUUCAAGAUCAAAGAAAUUGAACACUUCUAAUUCAUCAAUGGAGAAAUCAGUUUCUCAGAAACGUAAAGUUUUAAGUUCAAAUUUGGCAGAAGAAACUUCAGACAGUGAUCUUGAUCUAUCACAUGAUAAAUAUACUGUUAUAAAAAAAAAACUAAAUAAAACUGAAGUUGAUAGAAAUGCACCGUAUGUUACUCAAGAUGUUGGUAUUAAUCAUCAGUCUCCUAGAAAAACACUUUCUUUGGUUCAUAGAUCACCUGUUGAACCAAUUACUAAAUCUAAUGUUUCUCAGAAAAAGCAGCAGGAUAAGAAAGAGUUUUAUUCGCCUGUAAAUUUAGAGAAACAUAAUAUUAAUAGUAAACAAUUAGACAAAUGCAAAGUUAAUAAUGAAGAAUGUUCUCUAAAAGAGCAAAGUUUUCGUAUAUCUGCUUUUACCAACUUGUUACAGAAAUGUGGAAUUAUAUUAUCAAUUGAUGAUGUACAUGUUCUGAAUGUUCCUCCAUCCAUUGCUAAAUGGAAGAUGAAGAAAAUGUUAAAUUCAAAGCAGCAUCAGAAGACAGAUAUAAUUGAUUGCAUAGAAAAAUAUAUCCAAAGUGAAGUGUGUUUUGAAAAGAUGUUAAAUGAUAUGGAAUUAUCUGUUGACAGUAGAAGUUUUAGUGCUCUAAGAAGUGUGUCUCUCGCAAGAAUGCUACUGGAGGUUACAGAAAUUCAAGCAGAUGUAUAUAAUAUCUUUAUGUCUAAACUUAACGAAUCUGUUUUAUUAGCAGAUACUCCAGAAAAAGUACCUUGGGCAGUAUUAUUAUUACACCAGUUUCGUUUUUUGGACACCGUAAUCAAUGUUGAUACAUUAACUACAAAUAUAGAGCAACUAUUGGAAACAUGUCCACAAUGGUUUCAAUAUGAACUCAUCUUAUUCUUGCCUGAUAUUCUAUCAGACACUCAACAUCAAGACAUUGCUGAAAUUCUAAUGAAAAUGUUGGAAGAAAAUUGCGAGUUGACAAAUGUAAUUUUAAAUUGUAUCGCCAGUUUUAACCUUGGCAAAGAAUAUUUGGAACAAUAUAAACUUAAAGUAUUACAUUUGUUAAAAACAAAUAUGAAAGUUGAGCUUAUACCAACUGUCAUCAGAUUUCUUCUUAAUGAUUGUGUAUGUCCCGAUAUUGUCAAACAAAUGAUACUUGUAUUACGAAGUAUAGAAACGCAGCCUCUUGCUGGGGAUGAAGUUAAAGACUGUUAUAAAAAUCAAGUACAGAUCAUUAAAACGUUAAAGAUGUGUAUGUUACUAGCUAAGGAGGUGACGCAUGCUGCAAUAGCAGUGAUAAAAGACAUUAAUAAAAAUCCAAAACCAUUAGAUUUAAUUAUUUUGCUUCUGGUAUUCUCUGGGAUGGUAAAGCAAAAAAAUGCAGAAAUUUUAUUGAAACAAAACAUACAAUGUGGUUUUUAUAGAAUAAGUUUACUUCAUACACUUUACAGUGAUUACAAAGAGGUUGUUCGAGAAUUACAGCCAGUGAUAUUACAAUUAGCGGGUAAACUAUUGAAAUCCGAAGAACGUGUGUUCACUAAUUUCGCAAUAGAAUGGUUUCGAUUACAAAUUCUUAGCCAGAAGGAUAUGUUGUUUAAGCAGCGUGAGAUUAUAGAAAAGAUUAUUCUUUUUAUGGGUAAUAACGAUCAAACUGUGAAACAUGCACUAUCUGUUCUUUGUAAGAUAGCGGAAAAUAUGAAUGACAAAGAUUGUUUAGUAUCGCAUUGCAAUCACCUGAGAAUUUUAUUAGAAAAGAUAGAUUGCUUUGGGCUCGAAGAAGUUGGCACUCUAAGUGACCUAUUGCACAGAUUAUGUUUGUCUGACGACGCCACUUCGGAAUCCCUACGGGAUGAUUUGUUUAUACUGUUGCAAAAACAAUUGUCUUCUGCUAAACCAAUUACAAAAUGCAAAGGUGUCAUGGGAGCAGUAAUGGCGAUAAAACAUCUAGCAGCAAGAACCGAAACUUGUAAUCAAGCCCUAAAAUUAUUUAAUAAAGUAAUGAAGAGUGUAAGAAGUUGUUCGAAGUCGCAACCUUUAUUUUAUGACCAACUAGCACAUGUAAUAGCACAAACUGAACUCAUUAAUACAGAUUUUCUCCAAAAAAUUAGCAACUGCAUUGAAGAUGAGUUUGUUAAUACAUAUAUGACAGAUAAACAAUCUAGUGAUGAUUUAGUACCUAAAUUUGGAUUAAAUAAUACAGAAAAUGAGCCACAAAACUGUGUGUUAAACUUCGGAAAUAAAAAAAGUGGUCCAAUCGCACCAAUAUUGUUUCGUCUUCUCAAAACUUGUUGCAUGCGACUCAGCGUGCACGGAGAAUUGGAGGCCAUAGACGCUCUUUUGGGAUGUGGAAUGUUAAUGCCAUCAUCUUUUGAUAUACCAGAACCUUCAGUGCUAGAUCUUCUUAUAUGUGGUAUUAAUUGGUUUAGAGAAGUAAUCACAGGCUUUGUCACGCAAACAGAUCCUUUACUACGAGAACAAGUACUAAAACGUUUGGAUUCGUUGAUAUACUUGCAGGGUGAACUAAACACAUUAUUAACAUUAUGUGAUACUAAGUACCAACCAUUGCCAUGUUACUUUCAUUACUUUCCAUUACCUCCAUUUAUAAAAAAUGAAAAAAAGACUGGCAAAAAAGGGAAGAAAUCUACGAAAGGAAAGAAAUCUAAAGUUAAUAUAACCGAAAAGACUGAAUCCUGGGAGAUAGAUUCAACACUUUGCUCCAAAAAUCCAGCGUAUUUUCGGAAGUUUGAUGCAAACAUAGCCUAUUUGUUGGAUAUUGAAAUAACUUUACAAUCAUCACAGUCUGAAACACAAGGCAUAUCAAUCAAGCAAGUCUGUUUUCUCGUAAGAGAACUCUUGGCGAUGUUCGAAAAUGAACCCUCCGAAUCUUUUAUGAAAGAUUUAAUACAUUUGUUGCCAAAAGUCUGCUCAAAAUUAGACGAUGUUAUCAAGAUAUUAAGACAAAGUAACAAUGACGAUUUCAGAAAAGGAGCAAGAUUAUUAUUGUGCCUUCUUACCAAAAUUUUCAAUUGGAAAGGAUUUUUGAGUGUGACAUAUAACACGUUGCUACGCGAGGGAUUACGUAGUUUAGCUAAACAAGUUAAUGAAGAAAAUGCACAAUUGCGGUCUUGUAAAGAACUUGUUGCGGAAUCAUACAAAUAUUUUGAAUCAUUGUCAGAUAUUGCUACUGAGAUAUCAUUAGCUACUGCUCUUGUCAACGUGUGCCAAUCGUUGAUGAAACAUUCUGAAACUUAUAUGCAACAGCAUAAAAGCAAACAUGCAAAAUUGGCAUAUGGAUUUCUUUGUCUGGAAUGGCCUGAAGAUAGACAUACUGGUCCUCAGUACAAAUUAUCUAUUAUUCAAUUAUUGAAUAAUUGGAUAGAUAAUGAAUCAUCGCCACUAGAUACAAUAACGUCAAUUUUAGAAUGGUUACCAGAUGAAACGUCCAAUUUGGAAAACGCCCAAAGUGCUUUAACAAGAAUUCCUUCUGUGAACAAAUAUGUUUUUCACUUGUUAUAUAAAAAAUUAUUUGAAGGUUUAAUUAAAGGUAUCAAUGUAUCAUUGUUAGCAACCAACUCAGAUCCAAAGAGAAUAAAGAUAUGGCAUAACAUUGCACUAAAUGUUCAAAAACUUGUGCUGAUUUGUAAAAGUUCAAAAACGAAUACUAAUAUACAACUAUUUCUGCGAUAUAUGCCUACGAUAAUAAAACAAUUUUUAAGUACUGGUAUGCCAAUACUCGAACAUAAUCUGAAAUAUCAAACAGAUGAUAUAACUAAUAUUCUUAAAAUGAUGCAAAGUGGUACACGGCAUCUACAUGCUAUAUGCUGCGACUGCACAGAGAAAAAGAACUUACUACUAACAAAAUAUGUGCCUGUAGCAAAAUCUAUAUUGGAGAAAUUAAUUUAUAGUGUCAAAGGGAUGUUAGUCCUUAACGAUAGUGCAGCAGCCUUUUGGAUGGGGAAUCUUGUUAAUAAAAAUUUAGACGGCCGUGAAAUUCUUUCGCAGACUUCAUCAGAAGAAACUGCUUUAUCACACAUAAAUGCACUUUCAGAAGAAUUAGUCAGUGCAUCAUCUGAAAUCUUGGAUUCUGAUUUAAGUGAAGAUCCAAUGGAAGAAAACGAGGAUGAUUGUAUUGAUGAAUCAUAGGUGUGGUGAUAGAUACGUCAAAAUAGAUACAUAUAUAAAUAGAUACAUAUAUAAUUUCAUUGUAGAAAUAAUUAAAAGUUUGAACAAGAAAAAGAAAAAACUGAUUUUUAUAUGAAUAUAGAAAAUUGUUACAUUUGUCACAUGAUUACAUAAUCAUGUGAAUAUGCAUAGAAUAGAAAUAUGUGAAAUACA